AACGGAGCAACGUUUGGGUUUUAGUUUCGACGAAAGGCUUGGCCACGGUUGGGGCGAGGGAGCCCACGGGAGCUGAAUCACCGCUCCAAAGGAUUCCUUCUCCUCUCUCUUUCUUCUUCAUCUUCUCAGAUCAACUGAUUUGGAAGGAGAAGUGUUCCUGGCUGAGGAGUCCAACUUUCAAUUUUUUCUGUCCUUCUCUGUCUUAUACUCUCUUACUUGUCAGAUUCAUGGAAUUCUGUGCCUUACAGUUGCAGUGAAUGUCUUUGUCAAUCAUCAACCAUUUUCAGUUUCUUUAAGGAUCUACCUGAAGUGGGGUUUGGGAGGAUGGCAGUGUAAAGAAGAAGAUCAAGUUUGGGAUUUGUGUUUAGUAAUCUUAUUUUGUCAAAGUGAUUAUACUAUCUCCUGAACCAGAUCUUUCAGAAAGAGAAUUUUUAAGGUAAGUUGCUUGUUACUGAUAUAUCCGGGUUUGCUGAGGAAUUAGAAAAUUGUUAUGGCUGUUGCCAAGUGCAACAGCAGCAGUGAACAUCCAACUUCUUACAAUUGUUACAAAGUAACAAGCUUGUCUGAAACCAUAUUAGACACAAACGAAAUCUCUAAUCUGAAAGAUCGAUACAUUCUUGGAGAGCAGUUGGGUUGGGGACAGUUUGGUGUCAUAAGAGCGUGCUCUGACAAGCUGACUGGAGAGGUUUUGGCCUGCAAAUCAAUUUCUAAAGAUAGGUUGGUUACUUCAGAUGAUCUGCAGAGUGUUAAACUUGAGAUUGAGAUAAUGGCUAGGUUAUCUGGGCACCCAAAUGUUGUAGAUCUCAAGGCAGUUUAUGAAGAGGAAAAUUUUGUUCAUUUGGUGAUGGAGCUUUGUGCUGGAGGGGAGCUUUUUCAUUUGUUAGAGAAGCAUGGGAGGUUUUCUGAAUCUGAAGCUAGGGUUCUCUUUAGGCAUCUCAUGCAGAUGGUUUUGUAUUGUCAUGAAAAUGGGGUUGUUCAUAGAGAUUUGAAGCCUGAGAACAUUCUCUUAGCUACUAGAUCCUCCUCAUCUCCAAUUAAAUUGGCAGACUUUGGGCUUGCAACCUAUAUCAAGCCUGGAGAGAGUUUGCAUGGGUUAGUUGGGAGUCCAUUCUAUAUUGCUCCAGAGGUACUGGCAGGUGCAUAUAACCAGGCUGCUGAUGUCUGGAGUGCAGGGGUUAUUCUUUACAUUCUACUGAGUGGGAUGCCUCCAUUUUGGGGAAAGACAAAGUCACAGAUAUUUGAAGCGGUUAAGGCUGCUGAUUUGAGGUUCCCAUCUGAUCCUUGGGAUCUCAUUUCUGAAUCAGCUCAAAAUUUGAUCAGGGGAAUGCUCUGCACAGAAUCUUCUAAAAGACUCACCGCACAGGGGGUUUUGGAUCAUUGCUGGAUGGAAAGCAAUCAAACAAAUACUGAACAACUAAGUGAACAUAAAAUCAGAAGUUGUGGAGAUUUGGAUGUUGGUAGCAACUCAUUUUCUGGCUCGUUUAUGUCCAGGAAUCAGGACAUCAGCUUUGGUGCUGGAUCUCCCACAUGUGGUUCUCAAUCACCUACAUUCACAUGCAGAUCCUCAUUUUCUUCCUUUUUUGAGGAACCAGCAACACCUUGUUCUGUUUCUGGUGGGUUUUCAUUUCAGAGCUCAGGUGGUUCCACUGAUUUAGAAUUUUGUUCUACUGUUCCCACAAUGCAUAGCUUUGCAUUUCUCUGCCCCGUUUCUGUUGUUGAGCAAAGGGGCUGUAAAUCAGAGCUCUCAACUAACAUGUCAGAUGUGAAUGCAAUUGCUGGAGAUUCUCCCCUUUGCUUUGGACAUGAUGUUAAAGAAAUGGAUUGCAAGCCUGUAGAGGCUAAAAGGGCAGGUGGAGCAAAUGGCCAUAGGGCAUUGGGACUCCACAGCAAAAGAAAUCGGACAAUCGGACUUGGUGAGCGGGAGCAACUUGAUCUUGUGGUGACUGAAUCAGUGAUUCGUUGGUCAUCAUGCACACAACUUCCUACAUCACCAAGAUCAUCUCUUGUCUGUUGAAAGGAUGAAUUUCUGGACAGAUUGAUUGAAUAACUUGAUGUGUUGACUAAAUUUGGCAUACUAGUGCAAAUUCAUCUAGCACGUUGUAUAUGUUUCCUGAAUUUGCAUUGUUGUUGCUGUCUUCUGGUUGGGGUUAGUUUUGGUUCAGAUUUUUGUGGUAGGUUAAUCGUGUGGUGGCUUCUAAUUGCUCACUAUUAUCUUUUUCCUUUCAUCCUCAUUUACCUUCUCAUGUGAAUUACAACGAGUGUGCGUAAUAAGAAUUGUGUCUGGUUUGUAAAGGAAGUUGUGUCUUUAUGUAUCCAAAUGUUUGAAAAUGAAUUGUAAAUUGAUGUGUUAAAUUAU